AUGGUGAAAACGUUCUUUACAUCCGUCAAGAUUCCCGGCAUCACUGCUAUGGACUUUCAUCUUGUAGGAGGCCUUCCAGAGGUGUACAUUGAUUUCCAAAAGGACCACAAUAAGGAUGACAACGCAAGCUGCACAGCCUGGGAGCCAGCUACCUUUGAUGCUGCAGCAGAUGGGACAAAGCAUCGCACAGUGAAGUUUGCUUCGCAGAUGAAAGCCCCUGGAUGGCUGAAGAAGCUCAUUGGAAGGCCAACACUGCCGAUCAUCGACCACCAGAGCACUGCGUUCAACACUAAGACAGGCAAUCUGACCUUCCACUCGGCUCCCAUCAUCCAAAAUGGCCCCAACGGCGAGUUCUCCAUUGCAGACAUGAACUGGGAUAUCUUGAACCGCGUUGAAGCAGACGGCACCCCAUUUGUCACGAUUGAUGUCACGCUGACAGCAAAGGCGGACUACGCAUGGAUGUGGGGCCUGCAGACAGCAGUGGAGUCCAUCUUCAUAUCCCAGGCAAAAGAUGACAUCGCUCAGUACCUGCAGCACAAUAUGAAAAUCUUCCGGGACAUGCUUGCUGCUGGCACGGUGCCUUUUCAGAAUGGCAUCAUCACAGAUGAUCACCUGGGAGAACCUGCCCCAGCAGGGGAAGACACACAACCCCUGCGCCCAUUACCCAAUGGAAACCAUGCAGCCGCUGGCAGAGGCACCACAUCCAGGCCCACAAGUAAGGCACCUGGCAAGGGAGCGCUGUACACCAACGACUCAGUCUCUGUGUACUAUGAUGCCUCUGAGAAGCUCCGCCUGCCUCGCAGACGCUCAGUGGACAGCCAGCUAGCUGCAGUGCCCAAGCCUUUGCCGAAAUUGGAGCUGGAGAAGCAGCAGGGGCAGCAAGUGCUCAGCCCCAGGCGUCCCUCUCCCAAGCCGGCAGCUCCUGGCGUCCUGUCGCUCAGAGGUGGAGCCAUGCAAGUGAAUGGAGGAGCCUUCUCUCCCAGGACGCCAGCCAAGACAGCCUCCAUCCUGAAGGGCGCAAAGAGCCCCCGGUCCUCCCAGCGCAACAUGGCUGUUCCAGGCCCGAGCACAAAGCCAGCUGCUGUCGUGCCAAAGGCUGCACCUGUGCCCUCUGGCAGCCAGACGGAGCGGCGCUAUGACCAGCGCGAUUCGGUGCGGAGGAUGUGCCAGGAGUGGGCGGAUGAGAGCGUGCCCCUGCAGCAGCCGAAGACGGCCCGAGCGCGCGUCAACACCCGCCGAGCGGCCGAUGCUGCGGCCGAUCCGCUGACGCCGCGCAGUCGCGAGCGCGAGCGCAUCCGCAUUACCACCCCUGCCACCCCCCAGCCAGGGGUAACUAAAGACUCAUCCCUGCCCAAGCAGGCACCCUGGCCGGCGGUGGCCGAUGGUCCCCCCGCUGCCAAGGAGGCCCCCACCAAACCUGCUGCGCCGGCUGCAGAGGAUCCUGUGCCAACUUCCGGGCCUCCGGAGCAGCUUCCGCCCACGAUUGACCAGGAGGGGAAGUACUACAUCUUCAUGCCUUCCAGCCAGGAGCGCUUCCACACCCCGGCAAACAGCAUCCUGCCCGUCAGCCGCCAAGAGGAGGAAAUGCAGUUUCCAGUCACUCCUGCGCCAAAGGCCGCCGCCGCCGCACCCAUGGCCAUCAGGAGGGCCCCAAAUCAGUCCCCGUCCCCCGCGCAGAGGGCAGCUGGGCGGCCCCUGACUCGCCAGUCAGCCGCAGGUCCCAUGCGGCGCAACAGCGACCUCCUUGCACAGGCCUCGGGCGACCCAGGCCCCGGCAUGGCGGCCGUAGCUGCUGACGCCUCAGAAGUCUGUGUCUGCACCCACAACGCCGAGAUCCAGGGCGCUGAGCCCCAGGCAGCGCGCAAGCAGCCAGAGAAGAAGCAGCCGGCGCAGCUGUCGCGGCUGGGCUCGGGUGUGCGCUUCGAGCCGGGCGCCGCUGUGAGGUGCGGCGACGCGCGCUGGCCGGGGCACAUCGUGGUAGUGACAAAGGGUGACAAGCCCACCAGCCCCAGGACCUCAUUCCCCUCCGCCAAGAGGGUGGCUCCCAUGCACGGGCAGGAGGCCCGUAACGGGCAGACCCCGCGGUCAGCACUGAAGACCAAUUCCAAGAAGAUGGGAGCAAACGGUGCACAGGGAAUCAAUGGAAAAUCUUUGGAGCAAGGAGGAGUUGCUGCAGGGCAUCUGCCGACUCCCAAGAAGACUUAUAUCAGCGAUGGUGAACAAAUCUACUCGGUGCUGGCAGACUCAGACUACCUGGCAAAAUUCCACAAGGACUCGCAUGGCAGCUCCAGGGUUGAGAUGGAGCCAUGGGACCCUCCAGGCUCAGAAUUUGGGUUUGUGAGGAAGCGGAGAUGCCUGUACACUGCGCCACUCCAGGGCCCUUCCUGGUUCAAGACAAUGCUUGGUGGUCCCAAGCUAGUGGACAUGAUGGACAUCCAUGAGAUGAUGUAUGACCCAGAGAGCGGCUGCAUGCUGGUGCAAGUGGACAGCUACAUGCUGCUGGAAGAUGGCGCUGCCACCAUGCGCAUGCGGCAUGUGCAGUGGCUCUACAGACCUGUUGUGGCUGAGGACUUGACAGGCUGCGAGGUGAAGACAACACUGACAACCUGUGCAGCGAGCUUCAGGAACGCACAGCUGCAGGAUCUGCCACAGCAGGUGGAGAAUGCCCUGGCCAGCAUAGCCGCAGAAGAGGCCACAAUCCUCAACGACUUUGCCCUGUGCUACAUCGGCGCGCUUGAAGAUGCUGGAAAGCUGACGACACCUGUGCAAGCCCUGUCUGGAGUGAUGGACGGCAGCAAUGGGCGGCCAUCCAAUGAGGGCCCCAAGACUCCUGGCAAGCUGGCGGACAUGCCUUUCAACCUCGUCUCGGGUGCACUGAUCUAUCAGGACCCAGAUGUCUCCCAGCACAUGGAGUUCCCUGCAGGUCACCAGCAUGGCAGCAAGCUGUCCUCCACAGAGGGCAGCGAUCAGUCAACGCCGCUCUACCAGCGAGUGCACGCCGAGCGGCUCUCCUUGACAGACUCCGUCCUGGAAGGCAUCCCUGCAGGGGGCAAGGAGGUGGAUAGCCUGCUGGGCACUCGGCUCAACUCCCUGGACCUGGCCACAGAGGGCCACGCCCUGCGCAUCAAAACCUGGCGCUCCCAUGCGCACCACUCCGGCAUGUCCAUGCGGCCCCUGUACAGCCAGCGCAGCUCUGGAAACUCCGAACAGGUCCACCCAGCUUCUGCAAGCCACCCCAGGACAAAGAAGCCGCCGCCGGCAGAGACUGCCAACGGCAGCAUCACUGCCGAGGAGAGGGCGCUGCUGGAACGGAUGACCAACAAGCUGCAUGACAAGGGAGACAAUCUGCAGUACAGGCAGCCCGGCAAGCUGAGCCCCAAGGAGCUCAGGCUGGUGGAAGAGAUUCUGGAUGCCAGCAUGGAGGCUGAUGACCUCGAAGCCGAGAUGGAGGCAGCGGCUGGCAGGGAGGCACACUUCCCCAGCAGCUACUAUGGGGGCGAGCACCACGGCGGCGACGCACACACAGAGGCCGCAUACAAGCCGCGCGGCGCCGCUUCAGGGGAGUGGGCCAGGGAGUCCCAGCUGGAGACCAUGGACAGCUUCUCUGAGUACAGUGUCAGCACCGUGGAAUCAGCCAGCACCUGCGCCGCGCUCAGCCCCUCUACCAUCAAGAUCAGCCUGACGCCGCGCGGCGGACGCUCUCUGGAGAUUGUGCGCGCGGCAAAUGCUGAGCAGGGCUCCGUCCUCCAGGGCACCAGCCUCCGCAGCCAGAGAUCCAUCCACAGCACAGGUGAAAACAUGGUGCACACUGCGCACUGGAAUGAGCAGGGCAGGUCUGGAUCCAUCAGUGAGCAGCAGCCAUUCUCGCCCAUUCGCUGGACGGCCCUCAGUUCUGUCAUGGAGGACGGCACAGUGACUGUGCAACAGCAGCGCACUGGGGCAUUCAGCCCCCGCUCCAACUUCAGCUGGCAGCCGCUGAGCGAGUUGGGCAGGGGAGAUGACGAGGAGCUGUUCCCUGAGAACCUGAUGCUGACGGAGCAGUCGGACCUGGGCCUGCUCAGGAACCGGCUUGCACAGGUGCUGCCCAAGGAGAAUCUGAGCCAAGGGCUUGGCUCGAGGCAGCAUCAAGAGCACCUCAACAUCGGCGGCGGAGAAGCUCCGGUGCGGAGGGGCACACCGGAGCAGCAGACGCAGCAGCAGGUGGACAGCUUCACCAUUGGGGUGCAUGCAGCGAUGCACAACCCCUCUGCUGCAGGGCUGCGCAGCGGCGAAGAUGAGGAUCUGGAGUCAAUGGACACCAGCAGUGAGUACUCCUGCAAGCCACAGAAUGAGAGGUUUCAGGGUGCAGCUGGACCCAUCUCCACCACCACAAUAGUGGAGACCAUGUUCUUUGAUGCUGAAGAGGACUUCGAGAACGAUGGCGCCACGCUGGAUGCCAAGCUCCUGAAGACUCUGGAGGAUGCCGAGAAGCAUGACAUGCAUGUCCCAGAUGCAGGCGUGCUGCACACCUCCAGCAGCAUCCAUCUGCCUCACACGGAUUCCACAGACAUUGCCGCGGCGAUGGCCACAGUCAUGAGCGUGGCAAUCGAGACCGUCAACGCGGUGGCAGAGACGGCCAUGAACACAGUCAACCGCAUCACCAAGGUCUCCCUGGAGCAGCUGCAGUCAGCCAACGGCCUGACCAGCCACAGCAGCGUCCCUGUGCCCUUCAGCCGCACACACCAGAGCCCCUGGGACGAGAGUGUCCCCCUGUCCAGGCAGCGCAGCCUUGCCACCUCAGCAAACGCGCGUAGCUUCCGAGCGACUCCUGCAGCCGGCCAGCUGGCGGCCUUCCAGCAGCGACCGGCGGCCGGCAAGCAGCCCAGACAGCAGGAGGCGCUCCCGGGCAAGGGAGUGUAUCUUCGAGACAUCCCUGUGUCGUCGCUGUCGCUGUCAGUUGAGGGGCAGCAGCACGGCGGCUUCAGCAUCAAGGGGGAGCUGCAGAACCUCCGCCAGGCCGGCCUCGGCCGCAGUGGCGCCGGCAGCGCCCCGGCAUUCCUCAGGGGGCGCCCGAGGGUGAAGGUGCCUCCUCUGUGGACUGGCUCGUCGCCAUUUGAGGGCCGCAUCGACGACACGAUGAACAGCGAGGCCUUCAGCGAAGCGCAGGAGGGAAUGCAGUGGGUCAACGGCAAAGGGUGGGUCGAGGCGGAGCAGACCUUCCUCCAGAGCUUCAACUCGGCACCGCCCCUGCUGCGCCGCAGCGGCUCCCGGCCCAGCACCGCGCCUGAGCUGGUGCCUGCAGGCGUGCGCCCCAGCCCUGUACCAGAGAACCGCGUCAUUAUCACAACAGCAUCCAUGCAGGUGGCUGCCACGGCAGGGCUGGAGGACACCGGUGUGGUGCAGCGCGCCACUCGCGAGCACCUGCUGGCAGAGCGCCGCCGGCGUGCCGUCCGGCUGGCCGCGCAAGGGGGCCCCCCGGUCUCCACCGACAUGCCACCGCCGCCUCGGGACCUCCCGCCCCGCCACCUGCCCACCACCGCCACGCGCGCGGACGCCGCCAGGCGCCGCUCCUCCAAGGGUGGCCUCUGCGGCAAGCUGGCGAACUUCCUGCACGGGUGCAGGUCUGGAAAGGCUGCUCGCACCACCAGCUACACUGAGCACAAAGUGCCUAUGACCUCACAGCAGGCUUCCUGA